UUGGACGUUACUGAUUAAACACAGCAGACAUUUCCUGAUAGGAGGUCGGACAAUAGCGUGCACAACGUUCCACAGUCUUCCUCCCCAGGCAGUGUAACCCGUUUUAAUAUGAAUUAUCAGGCAAAUGGUCAAACGUACGACAACGUAGGGUUCCAGCGUGAAGAAGGGAGACCCCCUCCUACUGUUCCACAGCAGGGUAUAUACCCUUACCUCCCACAAGUGAUCCCCAGCUACGUUGCCGUGUCUCCCAAAACCAUCAACACCCACCACACCUCGACACCUGGAACACCGCAUAACACACGACCAAAGACAGGAUCAAAGAAAUGUCAGGGGAAAUAUAUCCUGUGUGCAUCUCUGUGUGUGCUUCUCAUCCUGGCAAUUGCCGGCGUUUUGCUCUGGUAUUUCUUGUACUACCAGUGUUUACUGGGGAAGUCAUGUGGAAGCGGUGGGAAGUGUUUGAGCUCCUCCCAGUGGUGCGACGGUGUAAAGGACUGUUCUCACGGAGAGGAUGAAUCUCAGUGCUUUCGCCUCCACGGGACCAACUUCAUGCUGGAGGGUUACUCCUCAGACAUGCAGACGUGGAUGCCAGUGUGUGCUGAAAACUGGGACAACAACUACGGGAGAGCUGUGUGUGAGCAGAUGGGGUAUAAGAGGCAGGAUUAUAUGUCCUACACCCAAACCAAUGCAGGGUCUUCGGCUUGGAAGGGAUACAUGAAGCUGAAGACUGGAAGUGACCAUGAAUCACGUAUACAGUCCCAGCUCGGUUACAGCCAAAGUUGCUCGGGCAAAGCAGUCAAGCUUCAAUGUAUUGAAUGUGGAGUGAGUUUAGCAGCCCCCAGUUCUCGCAUUGUGGGUGGUAUGGUGGCAGCAAACGGGGCCUGGCCGUGGCAGGUCAGUCUCCAGAUUGACAGUCAACACAUUUGCGGAGGCUCCAUCAUCAGCCCUUACUGGAUCCUAUCGGCCGCACACUGCUUCCAAAGGUUCUCCAAUCCUGGAAUGUGGAUGGUACAGUCGGGCGACGUCAGUUUGCUUCAGAUGAGCUUCAGAACUGGCAAAAAAGUUAACAAAAUUAUCAGUCAUAAAAAGUUCAACGAGCAAACUAACAACAAUGACAUUGCUCUCCUGAAGCUCGAUGUACCUCUUGAAAUGUCACGAACGGUGAAGCCAGUGUGUCUCCCCAACACUGGCCUCGACAUCUCUGCUGGACGUCAAGCCUGGAUCACAGGAUGGGGAGCCCUGCGCUCAUCUGGACCAUCCCCGGACAAACUAAAUCAGGCCCAGGUGACCGUCUACAGCAGAGAGACCUGUAACAGCGUUCAGGUGUUGGAUGGACAAAUCACUGAGACCAUGAUCUGUGCCGGCAAGCUGCAGGGAGGAGUCGACACGUGUCAGGGCGACAGUGGGGGCCUGGUGGUCAAGGAGGGAGAUGUAUGGUGGCUGGCAGGGGACACUAGCUGGGGGAUCGGAUGUGCUUGGAGGAACAAGCCAGGAGUCUACGGCAAUGUCACCUACUUUAUCAACUGGGUAUAUGAACAAAUGCAGAAUGAUUGACAGAGUUGUCGAUGAACCCGAAGACGAACCUCUUUCAUUAAUCAGCGGUACUUCCUCUAUCACACACAUUGCACUUUAAAUCUGA